AUGUGGUCCUGGCUCCCCGACCCAAGACAGCUUACAGAUGGUUCCACUGACUUUGCCCUCAGCCAAGGCGGGCGCAUUGUGAUUGUAUCCGACCCGGCUCUCGCUGGUGAUCCGAACGAAGGAAUGUUUCUCAUGCAUUCGUUCAAUUUCGACAAGGCCAGGGAACAGCGGAUAUUUGCCUGUCCGGCUAUUGUUUGUUCCCAACUUCCCAUCCAUUUGUUAGCGCCGCCCCCACAGAAUCCUCCAUUCGAGUCCAUUGAUCACGCCUUUGCUGGGAGGUGGAAAAUGGGAGGUGGAUGCGUGAGGAAGCCAAUAAUUAAUGAUUAUCAAGCCCAUAUUAAGAUGCCGGAGACCCAAUCGCCAAGCCUCUUCCCCUCCGUCGGCCCCAUAGUGAAAGUCCAAGUACAAGCAUUCGGCAUACCUACUUGGUAUGUUCUCCCAGGAUUCCCGACUCCCGGCAUGUCGGACCACAGGGCUGUUCCUACUUUGUAUUCUGUGAAGGCAGGCCGAAGAGUCACCGGGGAAACCUCGGGCCUUUGCCAUUCUGCCUUCCUGAUCGGGCAUCAAGGCCAACGCCGGACUGCAUUCCGACUCCUCUUCCUUGCAUUUCUAGCUCACUACUAA